AUGGCAAUGCCUACACCCAAGCCCGGCCUACCUAACGGCGAGAACCAGCCUCUUCAGGCUGCUGUUUUAGAUGAUGCUAACUCCUCACUCGGAAACGAUGCCGCCAGCUCCACGGCGUCUAUCACGUCGAGCAUCUUGCGCUACCGGACAUUGAACGGCCGGACCUACCACAGUGAUCGGGGAGGCAGCCAGUACUGGGGUGCAAAUGACGAUGCCCAGAACACCAUGCUAGACAUCCAACAUCAUGUAUUCACACUGGUCUUGGAUGGCAAGCUCUAUCUGGCGCCUUUGCCGGAGGAAAUUAAUAAAGUUUUGGACAUUGGAACUGGAACAGGUCUCUGGGUCCUUGACUUUGCAGACCAGCACCCCCAGGCCACCAUAAUUGGCACCGAUCUCUCUCCAAUUCAGCCGACAUGGGUUCCGCCCAACGCACGCUUCGAGAUCGACGAUCUCGCAGAGCCAUGGACGUUCGAUGAAGCAUCAGUAGACUACGUGCAUAUCCGUUGGCUUAUUGGCAGCGUAAGGGACUGGCCGGCCUUGUUUAAAGAGGCCUACCGGGUCCUGAAGCCGGGAGGUUGGAUCGAGUCGUUUGAGUGCAACGGCCUGUUCGAGUCUGAUGACGACUCUAUCCCCGAAGAUUCUGCUACCUCCCAGUGGAACGAUAUCUUCGGAGCUGGUGCCAAGACCGACUUUGCAGAUCAGUAUCCCAAUGCCGAGGUUAUCGGUACAGAUAUUUCGCCCAUUCAGCCUGCAUGGGUGCCGCCAAAUCUCAAGUUUGAAAUUGACGACGCCACAAUACCAUGGGCCUGA